GUAAAAAAUUUGAUAUUUACGAUGUCUAAUAACACUGAAAUUAAAUUUAUUGAUAAUUCAAAGGAGUGGAUUAAUUGGAUUGAAGAAUCUAUUGUAAAAAAACAAAUUAAAUAUUAUGAUUAUAAAUAUUUUAAUAAUAUUCAAGGAAUUGGUCUUGGAAGAUUUGGAAAAGUAUAUCGUGCAAAUUGGAAUAAUUCUCAUAAUUAUUUAGCGUUAAAACUUUUUUUUAAUUUUGAUACCAUUACCAAAGAAAUUGUUAAUGAACUUAAACUUCAUCGUGAAAUGGAUUUUCAUGAAAAUAUAAUUCGCUUUUAUGGUAUUACAUCAGAAAUCCAAAGUGAUGAUUCAAAAAGAUAUUUGUUAGUGAUGGAAUAUGCCGACAAUGGUACCCUUCGAUACUAUUUAAGUGAAUACUUUGAAAACCUCACUUGGAAUGAUAAAUUAAAUUUGGCAUUUCAAUUAUCUAAUGCAAUAUCAUACUUACAUGAUAAAGAAAUCGUACAUCGUAAUUUGCACUCAAAUAAUAUAUUAGUUAAUAAGAAUACCAUCAAAUUGACUGAUUUUGGAUUAUCAGAAAGGAUUGAAGAAUUAUCUAAUGUUCAAUCAAAAUUGUUCGGAAUGGUUACUUAUAUCGAUCCACAAAUUUUUAAUAGAAGAGAUAGCAAUAAUCAAUUACAAAUAUAUACAUUAAGCAAAAAGAGUGAUAUAUACAGUAUUGGCAUACUCUUAUGGGAAAUUUCUAGUGGACGUCCACCUUUUUGUAAUGAGCCAUAUGAUGUUGGUUUGGCUAUGGAAAUAUUACAAGGUCUUAGAGAGAAGCCCACUCUCAAUACACCUAAAGAUUACAUAAAAAUAUAUACUGAUUGCUGGAAUAAUGAACCAGAUAAUCGUCCAACUAUCAAUCAGACUACAUGGAAUAUAAAUCCAAAUAGUUGA